AUGGCUCAUAUUUCUUCCGCCAUUGUUCUUACCUUCUUGACAAUUGGUACCAUUAGCGGUCCAGUUUCUCAGGGCACGGGUUUCGCGGCAGCGAUCGAGCAAACGUACGACUAUGUAAUUGUUGGGGGAGGUCUUACAGGUCUAGUAGUUGCGAACCGGCUGUCCGAGGAUAAGACAAAGUCGGUCAUUGUGGUCGAGAAUGGUUAUAUCGAUGAUUCGCCAGCCACAAGCAUCCCCUAUAUGGCGGGCUUCGUCAACACAGAAGCCAUGUAUCCAAUUACAAGCGCUGCUGAACCACAUCUUAACAAUCUUACAUUUCCGGUCCGAGUCGGUAAUGUGGUAGGUGGUGGAUCUGUCGUGAACGGAAUGAUGUUCGAUCGAGGUUCAAAUGCAGAUUACGACGCAUGGAAAGACCUUGGGAAUGAGGAUUGGGGAUGGGAGGGGUUGGAACCGUACUUCAAGAAAAGCACCCACUUCACCCCACCCUCAGAAUCUUCGUGCAGAGAAUUCGGAAUUACCUACAAUGUGAGCGCAUAUGGAAGCGGCCCCCUGCAGGUCUCGAUACCAAGCUUUCAAUACCCCGACUAUGCGCCAAUUUUCAAGUCAUGGCGCGCUGAAAACAUCUCCAUGCCAACCGAAGCAUUUUUGAACCCACUUGGGGCUUUCUGGGCCCCUAAUACCGUUGAUAACACAACCGCUACCCGCUCUCAUGCGCGCAAGGCGUACUACGAUCCUGUUCAGUCCAGGACGAACCUCAAGCUCCUUUCCGGUACUCAUAUUGAUGAAAUACUUUUCGACGACAAGAAUACAGAGAAGAUUAUCGCAAGCGGUGUAAAGAUUACAUCUCGCAUCGAUGGUUCAACCACAAAAUUAUAUGCCUCUAAGGAGGUCAUUCUUGCAGCGGGCGGCAUUUUUACUCCUCACUUACUAAUGGUAUCUGGAAUUGGCCCUAGAGACAUAUUAGCAGCUGCCAACGUUACGGUUAAGAAGGAUAUGCCCGCAGUUGGAUCCAACUUCCAAGAUCACGUUCCCGCCUACAUGUCCUUCAACUUAUCAAACCGCGCCUUUCCCAAUCCAGACUCUGUUGCCAGCAACGCUUCGUUCAACGCGUCAGCUGCAGUGCAGUAUGAGGAGAGUCGCUCCGGCCCAUGGUCUGUCGGUCGCGGCAAUGCCCUCGCCUUUCUCACAUUCAAGCAAUUCUCCUCUAACUACCAGCUCAUCACUUCUCAGAUCCCCCGACAAAAAGCUAUACAGUUUCUUCCAGAGCAGUACUCAAAAUCUAGGGCAUUGCUAGCAGGCUUUGAGAAACAGCGCGAGAUUCUUAUGAAAGAGUAUCUUGGUGAUGAUGCCGCGGUCGGCGAAUUCGGCAUCCAGCCUUCAGGACGUGCCACUGCUUCGAUACAGAAGCCCCUAUCUCGCGGGACACUCAAAUUGAACACCACACAUCCCCAAGCAUUUCCUAUCGUUCAAUGGAACGCGCUUCAGAACCCGAUUGACAAAGCAGUGCUGGGCGAAGCCGUUCGUUGGAACCGGAAACACUGGGCUCGCAAAGAGCUUUCGCAAUACAGCCCGGUAGAAACUGCUCCGGGUGUCCAGUACCAGUCUGAUGAUGAAAUCGUGGAGGGGUGUCUCAAGACAAAUGCGUUACAGCCAAGCUUUUCACAUCCCAGUGGAAGCUGCCCAAUGAUGCCUGAAGAACUCGGGGGUUGUGUCAGUGGGAGUCUCCUUGUAUAUGGUAUUCAAAAGCUGUCUAUCGUGGAUGCUAGCAUCAUACCAAUGAUCCCAGCUGCUCACCUUCAGGCUACUAUGUAUGCCGUUGCUGAAAAAGCGGCUGAUAUUAUCAAAGGGAGAAGUAAAGAGCCUUAG